AUGGCGGCGCUGACGGCGAAGCAGACAUCUGGAAACCGUCUGAAAAUGAUCUACGAUCGAGCUGAAGCCCUGUGCCCCUGUGUGACCCGGAGAGUGUGUCCUAACUACUACGGGUCCUCGGAACUCGAUAUACAAAAUUACGGCAACCUUCCACCCUGUCUCAUCUUCUGGAGGGUCCGGUGCUGCGACGACUCAGCUAUAGAGGAGAUGAUGAAAGAGCUGAAGGUGGGCGAGGGACCAGCAGGAGGAGGUGGGGUGUUUGGCGGGGUCAUACACCACCUCAACACUGGAACCACUUUUGGUAGUGGAGCAAAUUCUGGAAAUGAAAACAAUGUUGGUUCUGGAAGUGGAGGCACAUUUGGAAGUACUACAGGUUUUGGAAGUGGAGGCACCCUUGGGAGUACAACGGGUUCUGGCAGUGGAGGCACCUUUGGAAGUACUACAGGUUCUGGAAGUGGAAGUGGAGGCACCUAUGGAAGUACUACAGGUUCUGGAAGUGGAGGCACUUUUGGAAGUACUACAGGUUCUGGAAGUAGCGGCAUCUUUGUAAGUACUACAGCUUCUGGAAGUGGAGGUAUUUUUGGAAGUACUUCAGGUUCUGGAAGUGGAAGUGGAGGCACCUUUGGAAGUACUACAGGUUCUGGAAGUGGAGGCACCUUUGGAAGUACUACUGGUUCUGGAAGUGGAGGAGGCACCUUUGGUACUACAGGUUCUGGAAGUACGGCAUCUUGGAAGUACUACAGGUUCUUUGGAAGUACUUCAGGUUCUGGAAGUGGAGGCAACUUUGGAAGUACUACAGGUUCUGGAAGUAGCGGCAUAUUUGGAAGCACUACAGGUUCUGAGGGAGGUAUUUUUGGAAGUACUUCCAGUGGAGGCACCUUUGGAAGUACUACAGGUUCUGGAAGUGAAGGCUCCUUUGGAAGUACUGCAGGUUCUGGAAGUGAGAGUGGAGGUACCUUUGGAAGCACUACGGGUUUUGGAAGUACUAUAGGUUCUGGAAGUGGAGGCACCUUUGGAAGUAGUACAGGUUCUGGUAGUGGAAGUGGAGGCAGUUUUGGAAGUACUACGGGUUCUGGAAGUGGAAGUGGAGGCACCUUUGGAAGUACUACAGGUUCUGGAAGUGGAGGCACCUUUGGAAGUACUACAGGUUCUGGAAGUGGAGUCAUCUUUGGAAGUACCACAGGUUCUGGAAGUGAAGGCAUUUUUGGAAGUAGCAUCAGUUCUGGAAGUGGAGGUGUAGGCAGUUUUGGAAGUAUCACAGGUUCUGGAAGUGGAAGUGGAGGCAUUUUUGGAAGUACCACAGGUUCUGGAAGUGGAAGUGGAGGCAUUUUUGGAAGUAGCACCAGUUCUGGAAGUGGAAGUGGAGGCAUUUUUGGAAGUACCACAGGUUCUGGAAGUGGAGGCAUUUUUGGAAGUAGCAUCAGUUCUGGAAGUAUAAGUGGUGGCAGUUUUGGAAGUACCACAGGUUCUGGAAGUAUAAGUGGUGGCAGUUUUGGAAGUAUCACAGGUUCUGGAAGUGGAAGUGGAGGAACAUCUACAGAUAUAUUAACACCUUCCAUUGAUUCAAACAUCCAGAUUCCUUCUCUUGAACUCGGGUAUUUACCACCACUUCCAGCACCUGGGUCCUCGGCCCCUUCAUCUACCACGUUUCACUUAGAUUAUGAUUUUUUGCAGCUUCCACGAUCCGAGGUCAAUUUAGACACACCUGAUUCCGAUUUACAUUCUUCUGAGUCACAACAUACAUCAUCGACACCAUCACACCAAGCAUCAUCUCUUUUAUCAUCACAACACGUCCUGGAAGAAUCAUCACAACACGUCUUGGAAGAAUCAUCACAACACGUCCCUGAGCCAUCAUACACAGCACCACAACACCCUCAGUCAGAAUCUUCACACCAUCUCUUAGGCCAGUUUAUCUCAUCCAUGAUAAAGGAGGCACAGAAGUUGUCGUCCACCACGCCCUCACCACCCACCUCUUCCUGUAGUGACGAGAACUCCCCACACUGCUCCAAAGCUUCGACUGUGAGUGAGGAAACUGCACAGCAAGCUUUCAAUUCUACAUCAACCUCCGACCAUCCUCUAUAUUCCACUUCAAGUUGGUUGGCGCCGUACUUCUUUAUACCUUCACCCUCGGUCUCUCCACCUCCACAUAUAUCUUCUUCGUCGUUCGUCUCUUCUUCACCGCCGCUACAACUGGCUGUCACCUCUCCAGAACACCAACCAGACCUCUUGUUAUCAAAACUUCCCUUCCAUUUAUUUGAGUCGGCGAACUCCUCUCCUGUUAAUUUAUCCCUGUAUCUCCCAGAAAUACAGUCACAGGUGGUUUCUUCGACUGACGAUGCACUAAUCCUACAUGUGUACCAGCAAUCGCCAAAGCCAGAUAGACCAAUGUUUUCUGAUGUACCGUUUGCCACGCCACCUGGGACGCCACCCAUCCUGGCUAACAUCAUGCCUCUGUCUCCGUCUGCCGAUGACGUUCCUUCCAUGCUUGGCCACCUCGCACACCUUUCUCAGCUGCCAAUGCAGAGUGAAGGAGACGAUAAAAGACACUUUGUUGAGCUUCACUGUGUGCCCGUCACCAAGUGUUCCCGCCCUCACACUGACGAUCCUUUGGACACUUGUGUUUACGGGUUUCCACCGGAGUGUGUUGAGGGCAAAGUUCGGUGCCUUGACAACUACGCUGGUCCCGUCAGAUUUAAUUGUUUCAUAAAUAAUGUGGCAUUUAUACCAGAACCCGAAGUUGAUGUUCCUUCAAAAGCUUCCCUGAGAACAGAGUCUCAGAAUUUUGCUCCCGUCCCUCAAACUGGUUCUGACCUACUUACAGUGAAGGACAGCAAGAAUACUGCAGCACCAACACAUUUACCAGUCACACAUCACAACGGCGAAUCUAAAACCACUGUAGUCGAAGUGGUUCCAUGUACUGUCAUCAGAACUUGCAAACGCCGGUACGGAUCAUUCAGGGCUGAUGUGAUCAAUUACGGAUUUUUGCCCUUGUGUCCAGAAGGUCAGGUUCGCUGUCUUGAUGAUGUACCUUCUAUUCGGAGAGGUAGUGAGACAGCCUUCAGUCCUCAAGGAGCUAACUCUCAGUUUCCCAACCAACAGAUUCUUGAACAUUCGGUGACUGAGAACCUCGACCAACGUACGGUACAUGAACAUAACAUUUCACAACAAACAAUCGACGACAGUUCUCGUCACCAGUCAACUUUACAAAAUUCUCAAGACCCUGACAGUCAGAGUGGUGAACAGAAAGACAGUCAACUCUCGUAUCAGGUUACCAGUCAAGUUGUUAAUCUGUCUGAAUCCACUUUUGACGCCAAUCAACAAGUCAGUGACCAAGAUUCGCAGCAGCAGUCAACAGAUGAAGGACUUCAACCAAAUCUAGUUUUUACUUACGAAAAUCAACAAAAAAGUAGCGCCAGUCCUGUCUACAAGACCGGUUCUGACAACUCACAGUCAACACAUCCUGACAAGCACAAAAGAACCGAGCCUUCACCCAGCAUUUCUGAAGACCAGGGUUCCUCACCAUCAAGUUAUCACCCACAGGAACAGCAGAAAUCCUCCCUGCAACAGCCAGCAGCCUCUACAGAGGAUCUCCUCCCUGCAGCAGCCACCAUUUCUUCCUUCGCCCAUCACCCACACAGACAACCCGGCUUCAGUGGUGUUAAUGAGUACCACCAGCACCCGUGGGUGGACUCCCCCCACCACCCUUCACCCCACACACACUUCUCACUCACCAGGCGGCCGGACUCAAGGCUGGGACAAGCGAUCAGCGACGACAGUAACAGAAGGAAAUUCAAGAUAAAAAAUCCUCUUGGGUUCCCACUUUCACUUUUGUUUCAAUAAGGUUUUAUAGAGUAGUUUGUGAGGAAAUAUUUGGAUAAUGAAGUCUGUUUCAUUUUUCGGAUCACCUGAAAAUUAGCUCCUGUUUAAUUCGCCCUAACGGUAACUUAACCUAACCUAACCCCCAGGUAACAUUAAGGUGUUUAAUCAUCAGGUAAACUAAGCUGGGGCCAAUCAUCAUGUGACCCCAUUAUACUCAGGGAAUGUUUUCAUAUGGUACUUUGGGACGUACCAAAGUAUCGAGUAUGAUAUAAAGAUUUGCAGAAAUA